GGGGGGUGAGGGAGGGAGGGAGAGGGAGACCCGAGGGAGGGGUGUAUUAGAGGGUCUGUUGGAACUUUGGACGCUCCAUCCCGGAAAUCUGAUGGAUUGACGGGGCAAAGGAACCCGGAAUGUCCCCGCCCUGGCGACAGCGAUGGAUGAUUCCGACGUGGUGAGACGACGGAGAGUCCAGAAAGACCUCCCGUUGACACGGAAAGCGAGCAGUUGUCGAACCAGCAACAGGAAGAGUCUGAUCCUGACAAGCACGUCUCCAACUCUCCCGCGACCUCACUCACCUCUGCCCGGACACCUCGGCAGCAGCCCUUUAGACAGCCCUCGGAAUUUCUCCCCCAACGCCCCAGCACACUUCUCCUUUGUCACCUCUCGAAGGGCAGAUGGACGACGGUGGUCACUGGCCUCCCUACCAUCCUCGGGCUAUGGAACCAACACCCCAAGCUCCACUGUGUCCUCUUCCUGCUCCUCACAGGAGAAGCUCCACCAGCUGCCCUACCAGCCCACGGUGGACGAGCUUCACUUCCUCUCCAAGCACUUUGGCAGCACGGAGAGCAUCACUGAUGAUGACGGGGGCCGCCGCUCGCCGGCAGUGCGCCCACGGUCCCGGAGCCUCAGCCCCGGACGCUCACCUUCAUGUUACGACAAUGAAAUCGUGAUGAUGAACCAUGUCUACAAAGAAAGGUUUCCCAAGGCAACGGCACAGAUGGAGGAGAGGCUCCAGGAGUUCUUCACGGUGAAUGCUCCAGAAAACGUGCUGCCCCUGGCAGAUGGGGUCCUCAGCUUCAUCCACCACCAGAUCAUCGAGAUGUCCAGGGAUUGUCUUGACAAAUCCCGUGAGGGGCUCAUCACCUCCCGCUAUUUUUACGAGUUGCAGGAGAACCUGGAGAAGCUGCUGCAAGAUGCUCACGAACGCUCUGAAAGUACAGAGGUCGCUUUUGUGACCCAGCUGAUGAAAAAGCUCCUCAUCAUCAUUGCACGGCCUGCCCGCUUGCUGGAGUGUCUGGAGUUUAACCCAGAGGAGUUUUACCAUCUCCUGGAAGCAGCCGAGGACCAUGCCAAGGAGGGACAUGGGGUUAAGAUCGACAUCCCACGCUACAUCAUUAGCCAGUUGGGCCUCACCAGAGACCCUUUGGAAGAAAUGGCUCAACUGGAUACCCUGGACUCCGGAAGCUUGAAUGAGACAGAUGACAUUGGAGAUGGUAGAAGUCCCGCAGCAAAGUCUACGAAAGCACCUUCUGAGGAUGACUUUGAGACCAUUAAGCUGAUCAGCAAUGGAGCGUACGGAGCCGUUUACCUGGUGAGGCACAAGGAGACGAGGCAGAGAUUUGCCAUGAAGAAAAUAAACAAACAGAACCUAAUUCUCCGAAACCAGAUCCAACAAGCUUUUGUGGAGAGGGACAUCCUGACCUUCGCUGAGAACCCCUUUGUGGUCAGCAUGUUCUGCUCCUUUGAAACUCGGCGGCAUCUCUGUAUGGUAAUGGAGUAUGUGGAAGGGGGAGAUUGUGCAACAUUACUGAAGAACAUCGGGGCAUUGCCUGUGGAUCUCGCCCAAAUGUAUUUUGCAGAAACGGUCUUGGCUUUGGAAUACCUCCACAACUAUGGCAUUGUCCACCGAGACUUGAAGCCAGACAAUCUGUUGAUCACAUCGAUGGGCCACAUUAAACUGACGGAUUUUGGGCUCUCAAAGAUCGGUCUGAUGAACCUGACCACAAACCUGUAUGAAGGUCACAUUGAAAAGGAUGCCAGGGAAUUCUUGGAUAAGCAGGUGUGUGGAACUCCUGAGUACAUCGCCCCUGAGGUGAUUCUGCGACAGGGAUAUGGAAAACCGGUCGACUGGUGGGCUAUGGGCGUCAUCCUGUAUGAGUUUCUCGUGGGUUGUGUCCCGUUCUUUGGCGACACUCCGGAGGAACUGUUUGGUCAAGUGAUCAGUGAUGAUAUUGUGUGGCCUGAAGGAGACGAGGCUCUCCCUGCAGAUGCCCAGCACCUCAUCUCCAGUCUCCUGCAGCCAAAUCCAUUAGACAGGUUGGGGACAGGUGGCACCUAUGAAGUAAAACAACAUGGUUUCUUCAAAGACUUGGACUGGACCAGCCUACUACGGCAGAAGGCAGAAUUCAUCCCACACCUGGAAUCUGAGGAGGAUACCAGUUACUUUGACACUCGGUCAGACCGCUACCACCACGUCAACUCUUACGACGAGGAUGAUACUAAUGAGGACGAACCAGUGGAAAUUCGACAGUUUUCCUCCAGCUCCCCCAGAUAUAUUAAGGUUUACAGCAGCAUGGAGCGCCUCUCCCACCACGAGGAACAGAAAGCCCCAGUGGUCACCAGACGUAACCUGAACAAGCAUAAAGAGGAGAAGAACGACAAGAUGGAGGGGUUGGGCUCCAUCAGCAGCCGGGAAAAGAACUGGAGGACGAGCUCACCGGAGAUGAAGCGGCUCUCAGCGUCGGAGUCCUCCUACACAGAGAGUGAAUCCAGCCCACCACUCACUGUACGACGCAGGUUUUCUGCCCUCAUGGACACGCACAAGUUUGCCACCCCCCUGGAGGAUGACACGGAGAUGACCAGAAAACAUCAAGAAGCCCAGACUGUGAGACCAGUGCAGGAUCAGGUCACCCAAUCAGAGCAGAAACACAGAGAGGCGGAGGGAGGCGGGUCAUUGACAGCUGGAUCUGCUGCGAGCAGUCCAACAUUCCCAGCAGUGAAGUCAAACGAAGCUACCAAGGAAGCCGAUUCGUCUUCGACCAAGGCAACGAGUGACCUGGCUGUGCGUCGAGCUCGGCAUCAGCAGCUCUCAGGGGACACUGCGGAAAAGCGUACCUCCCGCCCUGUCAAUAAGGUCAUCAAAUCGGCCUCUGCCACAGCUCUCUCCAUCAUGAUUCCUGCAGCCCAUCCCACUCUCCCUAUUUUAUAUCCAGUAGAGCAGCAUACAAGCUCGCCGCUCGCAAGCCCCAUGUCACCUCGGUCGCUGUCUUCUAAUCCGUCUUCAAGGGAUUCCUCGCCCAGCAGGGACUUUUCGCCGGCAGUCACCAGCCUAAAGUCUCCAAUCACCAUCCACCGAUCGGGGAAGAAGUACGGCUUCACACUGAGGGCCAUUCGUGUCUACAUGGGCGAUAGCGAUGUGUACAGUGUGCACCACAUGGUCUGGCACGUUGAAGAGGGGGCGUCCGCUCACCAAGCUGGGCUUUGUGCUGGAGACCUGAUAACUCAUGUCAAUGGGGAGCCAGUCCACGGCCUGGUUCAUACAGAAGUGGUGGAGCUAAUACUGAAGAGUGGAAAUAAGGUUACUGUGACCACGACGCCGUUCGAGAACACUUCCAUCAAGAUUGGUCCUGCCAGGAAGUCAAGCUACAAAGCUAAAAUGGCGAGAAGGAAUAAGAAGAUCUCAGGAAAAGACGGACAGGACAGUGGUAAGAAGAGGAGUUCCUUGUUCCGCAAGAUCACAAAGCAGUCGAACCUGUUGCACACCAGCCGUAGCCUCUCGUCCUUAAACCGCUCGCUCUCGUCCAGCGAUAGCCUACCUGGCUCACCCACGCACAGCUUAUCUGCUCGGUCGCCCACACAGAGCUAUAGACCCUCUCCUGACUCUGGAUAUUUAGGAGGAGGCAAUUCUUCUCAAAGUAGCUCCCCUGGCUCCAGUGUGCCCAACUCCCCAGCCACUCCACACCAUAUCAGGCCCAGUAGCCUUCAUGGUCUGUCUCCCAAACUUCAACGUCAGUACAGGUCAGCGCGAUGCAAGUCUGCAGGCAACAUCCCACUGUCCCCUCUUGCUCACACUCCGUCGCCAACUCAUCCCUCUCCUCAGCAUCCGUCGUUCCCUCUGCCAGCCCACACAGUGGGCAGCUCGAACACCACGCAGUCGUUCCCUAUCAAGUUGCAUUCAUCACCUCCAGUUGUCCGGCCAAGGCCUAAGAGCGCCGAAUCGCCUCGGUCUCCUUUACUGAAGAGAGUUCAGUCUGCUGAGAAAUUAUCAGUCCCCCUUUCUUCCGAGAAGAAGCUAGCCAUUCGCAAGCACAGCCUCGAGGCGUCCCACUCGGAAUUUCGUAAGGAAGCUCUACAUAGCGAUACAAGUCUUCAUAGUUUGGCGGAGUCAGAGGGCGAGGUCUUGGGGUCCAAGGUUGAUGAAAUGGCCACUUUUAGACAGAUAGCGGUACGGAAACUUGGGAGACAAGAAUCUCCACUGAAUCUUGAUAGAGAUCUGUUUCCCACCAUCAGGCAGGAGAGGGGAGAAGGGCUUGAUCCUGUGCAAGAACUAGAGGUUAGGGUAACUGAUCAUGAAGAAAAGCCAGUAGAUGGAGCCAAAGAGAGAAAUAAGGAGGUAAAGGAAGCCUCUUACAAAGCUGCUUGUUCUGGAGGAAAAAAUGAUGUUUCUAAAUAUGGGAGUGACAAACAAGGAAUAAAUCAAUCCAGAUCUUCAUUGUUGUUGGAUAUUAGUGGGAAGACAUUAGAAUCUAAAUCCCAGAUUUCUGAGCCUCUCUUAGAAAAAGGAACCGGCAAAGUUUCACUGGCAUCAGAUCAAAGUUUGAAUAAAGACCUACCGUGCAGUAGCAUAAGUAAAAAGAAUGUUCUGUCUCCUUGUUCCAUUCCAACAACGUAUGUAGUCAAAAGUCAGCCAUCCCAAGUGUUGAGCCUUGAUGCUUUGCCAAGCCCUGGUGAAGUUAAAACCUCUCCAGAUUGCACAUCUACCAGUUUUAAUGUCAAUGGCAUGCAAUUGGUUCAGGUAGAUUGUGUUCCAAAAUCAUUGGAGAAACUGCCUCGCCAGGAGCUGAAGGGAAAAGUUCCCAUUGAUCCGCCAAACAUGAGACAUCAAGGAAUGCAAACUGAACCACCAGGAACCGGCAGAAAACCAACGCCAGAUAACAACACCACAAAGCUGCCAGAAGAGAGAUCACAGCCAAGGGAUAUUUGUCCAGGUGAUGGCUGCUCCACAGGACAAAGGGUAAAGGGGAAGGCCCCUGAAAUUCCGACUAUUCUCGAACCGAUAAAAAUCCUAGCAAACUGUGAUGGGAAAGAAAAUAGAGUAGCAUCCAAGACCAAAGAUAAAGCUGAGGAACUGCACAAAAUUGAGAAGGAAACAGUCAAUGUUCUACCACAGGAUUGUCUCCUUCAAACAGCCAAAAGACCUGAUUCUAUUGAAAAAAGUGCCAUGUUUAACUGUUACAAAGCAGCUUCUGAAGGAAUUUUAGAAGCUAAAGGAGUCUUGGAGAUUAAAGUAGAACCACCACCACCACCUUCAACACAAUGUGGAUCAGGGCUUGGGUCCUUAACAGUAGCAUUAUCGGGUGCAGAUAAAUCUGGCUUUGUUAACCACUUGGCCACUGUGGCAAAGAAUGUACUUGGGCCAGUGAAAACAGCCAUCCCUGGGACAACUGCAACGGUGGAAAGGCUAAAAGCAGUGGGUAGCAUGAAAGUUUUUCCUGAGCAUCAAGGGAGUGCCACAAUCCAGUCAGGGCCUGUCACUAAACCAGUGAUCGUAGCAACUUCACAAGGCAUAGCCAGCGUCCCACUUCUUGAAAUGAAAGAGCCAUCCGGUCAGAAGCUUUAG